CGACAAGGAGGGUGCUAACUUCACAGGCAGCCAGACAUCAAACUACAAAUCCAACUAUUACCUGCAUAGAGAAAAGAAAUUCUGAUGGCUUCUUUUGAAACGAAAUGCACAGUUUUCUGCAGCAUACAAAUGGACAAGGAGACAUUGAGUGAUCCAUGCAGCUUGAAACAAAUGGAACUAGAAGAGAUAACCAGCAAAAUAUCAGAUCUAGACAAGUGGAGGAAGAUCUUUAGUCUUCAUGGGUUGGAAAUCAGUCAUACUACACAUCAGAAGUGCCAAGACCACAAACUAGAUGAUGAGAAGGAAGACAUAGCUGGGGCAUCUCAAACUGCCAGCCCCCUAAAACAGAGCCGGUUUCCAUCCAAUAUUAUUUAUUCAAUCCCCAAAGCUCUCGUUGUCUCAUCGAACCUCGGCGGACAGCCUAUCACACUGGAAAUGGCUGCGGAGCUACGAAGGAUGUUGUUUGGAAGCACAUUCCAAGUCUUCAGCUAUGAAUGGAAACGAUCACACUUCAGAUUCCAUGAUCCAUAUACAGACUUGGCCUACGCUUUAGAAACAGACAAGGGAGGAGCAGUAGCAGUUCAGAUGGCUGUUCAGGUGAACAUCAUUAAAUUCUUAUUGUUUAUACGAAACCAAGAGGAAAAUGUACACAUUCAAAGUUUAUGUGAAAUUAGCCAAAAGGAUCAAGAAAAGGCUCUUGCAGCAGCUUUGGCAGAUAUUCUGUGGACAGCAGGGGAAUAUCAGAAAGCUACUGUCUGUCUCGUUACCAGCGAUACCUAUUUUACUCCAAGCAUAGAUUACAAAGUGGAUCACUUUACUGAAAGAGUCCAGCUGUUUGACUUCUUUGAGAAAGACAUAGCCCAGCAGUUUCUCUAUGAUCACAUACACUGUCUGAAAUGUGAAGGAAGUCAUGGAGUGAUCUUAUUUCUAUAUAGUUUACUUUUCUCAAGAACAUUUGAAAGGCUUCAAAAAGACCUAGACUUCACUACAACACAUCUAUUACAAUGCAGGCUUGGAAACUUCAUCUGUCGACAAGCACUUCUAAACAUCAUUUUAACAGGCAGAGCUAGUCCACAUGUGUUCAAUGGGUUCCAAAAACUGGACACUGAAGGCAACGUGCAAAAGGUACUGCAUGGAGUUUUGUCCCGUAGUGAUGUGGGGUACUUACACUGGAGCAAGGAAGAGGUGGAACAUUACAGAGUUCUACAGGUUGGUAGUAUGAUGAAGACUCCUAAAUUGCCUAUAUGGUUGUGUAAUAUCAAUGGAAUGUACAGUGUUCUUUUCAGCACUAACAGAUUGCUCUUGUCUGACUGGAAAAUGGAACAUCUCUUUGACUUGUAUUUUUAUAAUGGUCAGCCCUCACUGAAGAGAACUGUGCAUCUGACAAUAGACACUCAUUCACAUCACUGGGAAGGAAACCACUGUGACGAGGACAGUGACCCAGAAAAAAGAUUCCCUUCUGUGGAGAUGGCAAUCCGAACUAAGUGGGAGGGUGCUGCCAUCAACUGGAAUGGGACAGUCCCGUUCUUCUGAUGAAGAUGACUAUGGACAUGGUUGCAGUCCAGACAUUUAUCUACCACCUCUCUUCAUAUGAACCUUGAAAUCUUAGUGGGUGGGGGAGGAACAGUAGGAAUAGGAGCAGAAGAGGGUCUGAACAGUGUAAUAAAAUUACUAGCUUGAAUUUCAUUUCCAUUUUAAGGUGAGAGGGAUUGCAUUAGGUGGUUACAAGAUAGGCAAAAGACAACUCAUUCCAGACACAUAUACACAUUUGUUGUUGUUGUUGUGCCUUCAAAUAAUUUCCAACUUAUGAUAAUCCUAAGGUGAAUCUAUCACAGGGUUUUCUUGGCAAGUUUCUGCAGCGCAGAUUUGUAUUACUAUGAAAUACAGCUUCUUCUGCCAGUUGUGAAGUCAUAUCUUCGAAGUAUGUUUCCUGUGCUAGAUAUAUGAUCCAUGUGAAAUAACCUAAGGACAAGCAUUUGAUACCUGUGG